AUGUCCAACUACGGGGUCUCGACAUGGUAUACAGGGGAGAAGCCUGAGGUCGACAUUGUGUUCGUCCAUGGCUUACGAGGCCAUCGAGAGAAGACCUGGACCAAGGAUGGCCAUUUGUGGCCGAAGGAGUACCUCCCGACAGACAUCGAAAACUGCCGACUCAUGAGUUUCGGAUACGAUUCCAAUGUCAUUCACUCCAGCCAGGCUGAGAUUACCCAAGGAAGCCUUACUAGCGAUGCUCGUUGCCUCUGUGCCCUCCUCAAGGAUGAGAGAUCCACCCCAGAGAGCGAAACCCGUCCCCUCAUCUUCGUGGCUCACAGCCUAGGCGGUCUCGUCUGUGCGGAAGCAGUCAUUCUUGGUGAUCGGAACGUAGCUGGGGAUAGUGUGAACGCCAUUGCUCGCUACAUCAAGGGUAUUAUCUUUCUGGGUACUCCGUUUGCAGGAUCCCACCUGGCAAAAUGGGGCAACUUUGUUCGGGCAAUAUUCAAUGUGGUCAAGAAGACGGACCAAAAGACGUUAAAGACACUGGUAGAAGAUUCUAACGACCUCAAGCAUCUAGGAGUCGCAUUUCCUGAGGUGAUACGCAAGCGAAAUGAGACACCGGAGAAGGUCAAAGUGACAUUUUUCUACGAAACGCUCGAUACGUUUGGGGUCCGGGUCGUUGAAGAGAGCUCUUCUGCCUAUGUUGGCGUUGGAGAAGUGCUUCCUAUCCGAGCAAACCAUCUUGACAUCUGCAAGUUUGCAUCUCCUGAGGAGGAUGGUUACAAACUGGUGAAAGCCAAGUUAUUGGAGAUCAUUCAUGCUCGAGACACACGGGACAGCCCAGAGCCUCGAUCCAAUACUAUCAACAACUACGGCAAUAAAGUUCUCAACCAAGCAAUGCGGGAUAUCAAUAUCACCAGCCAGACCAAUACCUUUUAG